GGCUGGUUUUGUGCUACAUAUAAAAAGAGGGCUGCGGUGGAUAUCAGGCAUGGAAAAGAAGCAAGAUAUUAACAAAGUAAAACUCAAACUUGGACUGCAAUGGCCAACCACAAAGGUGUGAGUAUUGCUGUUGAUUUGAGAAGUCAUGAAAACAACUCGGCUCACCGCACCAAGGAGAUUGAUCGAGAACAUCUGAUCGUCCGCAGGGGUCAACCCUUUUCCAUUACUUUACAGCUUUCUGACAAUCUGCUACCUUACCACAGCCUAGCACUGGUGCUGUAUCUCGGUGACAACCUUGUGAUCACAGUUCAGGAUGAGUACGGGGCCAAUGAUAAGUGGUGGUUUCACCAGCAGAAAGCUCAGGAUGAGGUGCUGCUUUCUCUGCACAGUCCUGCGGACGCCCCCAUUGGCCUCUACCAGCUGGGUGUGUCUGUGAUGUCACGGGAUGGCCAGAUUGUACAGGAAACCAACAACCUGAGGUUUCACCUGCUCUUUAAUCCUUGGUGCAAAGAUGAUGCUGUGUACCUCCCUGAAGAAAUUCUGCUUCAAGAGUAUGUUCUGAAUGAAGAUGGAAUCAUUUAUAUGGGAGCCUGGGAUCACAUAAACAGCAUUCCCUGGAAUUAUGGACAGUUUGAGGAUCAUGUGAUGGACAUCUGCUUUGAGAUCCUAGACAACUCCAACAAUGCCCGGCAAAACUUAGCAGAGGACUGUGAGUGCCGAUCUGACCCCGUCCAUGUCAGCAGGAUAAUCACAGCUAUGGUGAACUCAAAUGAUGACAGCGGGGUCUUAUUUGGUCGCUGGACGGGGUCAUAUUCUGAUGGAGUUGCCCCUUAUAAUUGGACCGGCAGCGUGCCAAUCCUGCAGCAGUGGAGCAAGUCUGGAUACAGGGCAGUCAGAUAUGGCCAGUGCUGGGUGUUUGCUGCUGUGGCCUGCACAGUGCUGCGUUGUCUGGGGAUCCCAACACGGGUCAUCACCAAUUUUUGUUCUGCACAUGAUGUCGAUGGAAACUUGUCUCUGGAUUUCCUGUUUAAUGAAAAACUGGAAAGCUUGGAGGGAAGUGGCAAAUCAGACAGCAGCUGGAACUUUCACUGUUGGGUGGAGUCCUGGAUGAAAAGACCUGAUCUCCCCACAGGAAACGAUGGCUGGCAGGUUUUGGACCCCACCCCUCAGGAACUCAGCGAUGGUAUAUUUUGCUGUGGUCCGUGUCCAGUAACAGCCAUCAAAGAGGGGACUCUACAAGUAAAGUACGACACUCCCUUUGUGUUCGCUGAGGUGAAUGCUGACAUCAUCUACUGGAUUGUCCAAAAUGACGGCCAGCGAAAGAAGAUUAGAGUGGAUGAGAGCACUGUGGGGAGGAACAUCAGCACCAAAAGUGUGUAUGGUGACCACAGAGAAGAUGUCACCCGACACUACAAAUAUCCAGAAGGCUCAAAACAGGAACGAAAGGUGUAUGAAAGGGCAGGACGUCGGGUCAUGCCUUCCAACCGUGUGGGUCCUGAACAGCUUCAUCUGAAAAUUGAACAUAGCAAUCCUGUAUUUGGCACAGACUUUGAUGUUAUUAUAGAGGUACAAAACAGAGGAAACAAAGACACGUGUGCUCAGCUGGUCAUGGUGUUAAAGGCUGUAACUUACAAUUCUCUCCAACUGGAUGAGUGUCAGCGGCGUAAAACCAGCAUCACUGUAUCAGCCCAUGACGCUCACAGGGAGGUGUUGCGUCUGUACUAUGACGAAUAUGCACAUUGUGUCUCUGAGCACAAUCUGAUCAACGUGAUUGCCUUCAUCGAGGCCUCAGGAGAAAACGAGCCCACCCUGACCAUGUCCAGUAUCCCUCUGAUCAUGCCUGAACUUGACAUCGAGGUGUCUGGAAAAGCUGUUGUAAAAGAACAAGUGAAGGUUAUUAUAUCCUUCACCAAUCCUCUGUCAGUCGCACUGAAAGGUGGUGUGUUCACCGUGGAGGGGGCCGGUCUCCUGUCUGCCACCAAGGCCCAUGUUCACAAAGAUAUUGCUCCGGGCCAGAAAGUGUCUUGCAGGCUGUCCUUCAUUCCCACUCGGGCCGGAGUGAAGAAGCUCCUGGUGAACUUUGACAGUGACAAGCUGAAGGAUUUGAAAGGAGUAGCCACUGUGCUUGUCCACAAAAGACGCUCCCACACAAGAUAAUCUGCUGCGUGCAAGCCAUGCAUGUAUGCCACAGUAAAAUUACACUGAAAGGAACUGCACUUCAUUUAUGCCAGUCAUGAAGAAUGUGAAUAAUACUCUGGUGCCAUAUGGAAAAUCUGACAAGUCCUGACUUAUCUAAAGGAAACUGGCUGUAAAAGUGAUAAUUUGUGUUAACAAUAAUCCUUACAUUCAGCUUGUACAAUUACAUAUACAACCCCUGGCAAAUAUUAUGGAAUCAC